AUGGCUAUGAAGAUCAAGGAGGAGAUUGCUAACAUUGUGCCUGUACCUAAGAAGGAUGGAAAAGUGAGAAUGUGCGUAGAUUAUAGAGAUCUAAAUAGAAUCCACAUGGCUCAACAAGAUAUGGAGAAAACCACUUUCAUAACAUCAUGGGACACCUUCUGCUACAUGGUGAUGCCUUUUGGAUUGAAGAACGCCGAUGCCAUAUACCAACGAGCCAUGGUCACUCUCUUUCACGAUAUGAUCCAUAAAGAGAUUGAGACGCAUCCAUCAAUCGAGAUGCUCCAAAGCAUUCAACAAAUGACAUCAAAGCAGGGUGUUUACGUUUACCCAACUCUUGAUGGCUUCAACAUGAAUGUAUUUGGAAGUGGAGAGGAUGCUCAUGAAGUUCAGAGUGCAGAUAGAAGAUUGGAUUUGAAUCUCAACUUUCAGAAAGGAAAAGAUCAUGCAGAUGAUUCCCUUCACAGGUACGAAGUUUUUAUAAAUCCCAGCAUCAGUGAUGUGCUAUGCACAACUACUGUUGAGGGGCUUGCCAUGGGAAAAUUUGUAGUGUAUGUUGAUCAUCCUUCAAAUGAGUUCUUCAGCUCAUUUCCCAAUUGUUUGAUUUACCAGACACCUGAAGACUUUGUAGAAAAAGUUAAAGAAGCAUUAGAAAAUGAGCCUUAUCCUCUCACUCCUGAACAAAGAUAUAAACUUUCUUGGGAAGCUGCAACUCAAAGAUUUAUGGAAUAUUCCGAUCUUGACCAAAUCCAUAGUAUCAUUAGAAGAACAUUGAAAUCUUGA